GAUAUUUCGCAUUACAGUGAAGGAGAAUUCUGAACAAGAUGAAUGAAAAAGUCUUCCUCCUGCUUCUGGGCUGUGUGACGGGGCUGGUGACCAGUCUACCUCUAUCUGCACAAAUACAGUACAAUCUACUUGGAGUGAACAAAGAUGCCCCAAAAAGUGAAGACUCAGAAAUACCAAAGGGGAUCUUCGGCAAAAUUAUUCAAGCUAACAAAGAUAGCAAAACACCCAUGUAUGGAGGAGAUAUUCUGGUACAGAAUGAGCGCAGUGCUAUGAACUGUCCUUCUUGCCUUUGGCCUAAAAGUGAUAGUGGUAGUGUUCUUGUUCCAUACACCAUAGAUUCCCGCUACAGUCCCAGUGACCUGAAUAACAUUGUGCUCGCCAUGGCCGAGUUUGAGACAUUGACUUGUGUGAGGUUUGUGCUUCGUACAACAGAAGACAGUUAUCUUAACAUCACACCUGAUAAUGGCUGUUACUCAUCUCUUGGAAGAACUGGUGGAAGCCAGACAGUUUCAUUGGAUGAAGGCUGCGUGUACAUGGAGAUUAUACAACAUGAACUAGAACAUGCCCUGGGCUUCCACCAUGAGCAUAUGAGGAGUGACCGUGACAAUUAUGUGGACAUCAAUUACCAGUAUAUCCCUGAAGGACGCUGGGGAAAUUUUGGUAAAGUGGACACUAAUAACCUGGGCAGUCCAUAUGAUUACGGUUCAGUGAUGCAUUAUGAUGCUUAUGCAUUCAGCAACACUUCAAACAAACCCACAAUCGUCCCCAAGCCUGACCCCAAUGUGACUAUUGGGCUGGCAGUUGGAUUGAGCGUCUUGGAUGUCACUAAAAUUAACCGACUUUAUCAAUGCAGUGUCUGUUCUACUUUGCUAAAUAAUGAGACAGGAAUUUUCACUUCUAAAAACUAUCCCUCUGCUUAUCCCAAUAAUGUGGACUGGGUUUGGCUGAUCAGGGUUCCGUCAGGGCAGGCUUCACUAAAUUUCAAUAGGUUUAAGAUCCAAUCCACUCCUAACUGCAAAUCUGACUACAUGAGGAUCUAUGACGGUCCCUCUAAGAGCUCUCCUGUGUUAUUGGAUAAAAUGUGCGGCAGUAAAAACAUCCCUCCAAUCAUCGCUUCCACAACCCAGAUGCUGGUCCAGUUCGUCAGUGAUGGGGCUGUUGCUGGGGUCGGCUUCCAAGCUACGUAUAGCUCAGUUCAGUGUGGAGGAACCUUCUUUAACUCUCAAGGCAACUUUACAUCUCCGGGAUACCCAGAUCACUACAAUCCAGACAUAAAUUGUAACUUCACCAUCACAGCUCCUGUUGGAUAUAAGGUAAAACAAGAUACCUCAAUGACUUUCCCUAAUUAUUGGACUUUAAAGUGUCAAACAAGCAAAAUGUUAUGGAAGACAGACACAUUACAAUCUGAAUGUAUAACCCCCUUCAAAUUCACCAGUGUUCACCAGGGCCUGCCUGAAAUAAUUGAAACUAAAUUUUUUUAUGAUACAAUUGCUCUGACCAUAAGUGACUUCCAUUUAGAGUCUUCUGGAUUAUGUGAAUACGACUAUGUAAAACUCUUCAUGGAUGGUAAACAAACGGGUCCUUUCUGUGGGGAUCGCACCAUCCCUGUGUUUAACUCCAAAGGCAAUUCUAUGGUUCUCGAGUUCCACAGUGAUGAUUCUACCGUGGCAAAGGGCUUCCAAGUCUCUUACACCUUCUUUAAAUAGAUGAGCAACAGAUGGGACAACGAGAAAAUCUACCGGUUCUGGAAGGAAGCCAGCAUCACUACAGGACACAAUGUGAAUUUGAAGGAGCACGAAUAUAAAAGUUCAUACAUUUUUAAAUGCCUAUAUAAUGGUUAAAUGCACAUCGGAUCAUGUUAGUGUUUACAAUCACAUUUAAGAAUA